AUGGUAAGAAGCUGUUGGAGAGAAAUAUUAAUUGCGAAAUUGAUGAAAAAAAAAUUCCACUGUAAAAUAUGUGGAAAGUCUUAUAUUCAGAACUGUCUACUCAUUUACCAUAUCCGCACUCACACUGGAGAAAGGCCAUUCCAUUGCGAAAUAUGUGGAAAAUAUUUCUUCACAAACAGUCAUCUAAAAGGGCACAAAAAGAUUCAUUCUGGGAAAAAGGAAUUUAAAUGUGAAAUCUGUGGAAAGUCUUAUUCUCAGAACUAUCGACUUGUUUACCAUAUCCGUACUCACACUGGAGAAAAACCAUUCCACUGUGUAAUUUGUGGAAAGUCUUAUUCUCGGAACUCUCAACUUGUUGACCAUAUCCGUACUCACACUGGAGAAAAACCAUUCCACUGUGUAAUUUGUGGAAAGUCUUAUUCUCAGAACUAUCAACUUGUUAGCCAUAUCCGUACUCACACUGGAGAAAAACCAUUCCACUGUGAAAUUUGUGGAAAGUCUUAUUCUCAGAACUCUCAACUUGUUAACCAUAUCCGUACUCACACUGGAGAAAAACCAUUCCACUGUGAAAUUUGUGGGAAAUGUUUUUUGAAUAAUGGUGGACUUGUUGCCCACAAAAGGGUCCACACAGGUGAAAAACCUUUUUCUUGUGAUCUUUGUGGGAAAUCUUACUCCGGUAGUUCUAAUUUAAAAAAACAUAAACUCCGACAUAUUGGUAAAAAAGAAUUCCAUUGUGAAACUUGUGGGAAAUCUUAUUUUAAUAAUGGUGAUUUAAAAACGCACAAAAUAGUCCAUGAUGGAGAAAAACAAUUCCACUGUGAAAUUUGUGGGAAAGGUUUUGUGAGAAAUGUUGGACUUGUUGCCCACAAAAGGGUCCACACAGGUGAAAAACCUUUUUCUUGUGAUCUGUGUGGGAAAUCUUACAUCUCUGGAAGUAAUUUAAAAAGACACAAACUCCAACACAUCGGGGAAAAAGAAUUCCAUUGUGACACAUGUGGUAAAUCUUAUUUUGAU